AAACAAACGAACAAGAGAUUUGUUUUCACUUUUUCAUAUAUAUUAUUUUUCCCACAAGACUUAGUUAACAUGAAAAUACUAGAAGGUUGACUGGAAUACUGAUCAUUCCAUAUAGUGUAAUGGAUUCCAUGGAUAGUAAAACAUUGGUCAUUUCAUGUUAACAAGUGAUGAAUAUUUAAAUAUUUGAAAAGAAUACAUAUUUAUAAUAGAGAAUAGUAUUAUGAGAGUAGGAUUAAAGAUACUUAUAAUACUACAUAUAAUUACUUUAUAUAUUGUUAAUACUCAUAAUAUAUCUUUGACUGAAUCAAUAAACAAUGUUAAUAAUGCAAAAUUACCUAUAAUUGGACCACCAAGAGAGUUAAUGCUUGAAAUUGCAUGUGAUCAAUUACAUCCAUGUAUUAAAGCAUCAUGGCUUCCACCGAUAGAUUAUCAACAAUAUUUGAAUAAAAAUGACAAUACUACUACUAAUAAUAAUAAACAUGAAUAUGACAAUAAGAAUCAACUUUUAGCUUAUAGAAUACGUUAUCAUAUUAUACAUCCAAUUGAAUUAUCCAAAAUCAAUGUAAAUAAUCCUAAUAAUCUAGACAAUAAAUUAUUAACCAAAACAAUUGAGAAAAAUAUUACUGGUUUACAAUAUACCAGUAAUCCAGGUGAACAUUUGUUCGGUGUAAUAUACGAAGUUUCUGUGGCUGGAGUUACUGAGAAUGGAUAUGGUCGAGAUGCAAUUAGUCGAAUAGCUACACCUGAAUCAGCUCCUUCAGAUGCUCCAAGUAACUUUCGUGUAGUUGGAGGUAAUCAAACAUCUGUACAGUUAGCUUGGGAACCACCAAGAUUAUUAUAUCGAAAUGGUAUUAUAAUAAAAUAUCAAGUUCGAUGUUAUAUUGUUGGUGAAGAAGAAACUCAUGAUGAAUUAAAAACGCUAACAGAACAAACUUUAAAGUUAUCUAAUCUACCAACAGCAACACAUGCUUGUUUAGUACGUGCAUGGACUAAGGCUGGUCCAGGACCUUGGAGUGAUCGUAUUCAAUUUCUUAUAAAUCAGAAAGGUCCAUCUCCUCCAUUCAAUAUUCAAGUCUAUUGGAAAACACAGUAUAUUUUAACAAUUGAAUGGAAUCUACCAAAAGAUAGAGAAAAUAUAGCUUAUUUCAUUAUUUAUUAUGCAAAACAAAAUAAUCCAAAAUUAUGGCAUAAAUAUUUUGUAAAAGAUUUGAAAACAACAAAAGAUUUAGGUAAUUUAAGUCCAGAUGAUGAGUAUUUAAUUCGUUUAAGUUCAGUUGACUUAAAUGGGAAUGAAGGUGAAUUAUCAGAUAUCAUUAAUACUAAUUCUUAUCAACAUUCAACAAUCAAUGACAAUAGUAAUGGUAAUAUCAAUAAUAAUAAUGAUAAUGAUAUGAACAAUAAACGAAAUCAUAAUUUUAUAUUCAGGGAUAUACCUGAUCAACCAGAGAAAUUUACUGUACAAAAUUUUAAAUGUAUACAUAGAACAAUGAAUACAAUUACAAUUGAAUGGUUACCUCCGAUACAUUUAGCUAAUCUACUUGAAUAUCAGUUACACAUAUCUGGACGAAGUGAAUUUAUCACAAGUAGUGGUGUAUUGAAAUCUCUUCAUUUAGGUGAUAUACAAUUACAUCAAAAUAUUGAUAAAGAAAUUGAUAAUAACGAACCAAAAUUGAUAAAUUGGCCAUUAGUUAACAUGCUUAAUAGUAUGUCAGAUCUGGAAGAUCACCAUCCACAGCAACAAACGCAUAAAAUGGAAAUACCAAAUUUAAAACCAAAUAGUCAAUAUAAAAUAACUAUUCGUCCAAUUUAUCGUGCACUUAUCACAGAGGGUAAUAUAGGCGCUAAAGAAGGUAUCCCAGUAACUAUAAUAUGUCAUACAGAAUGGAGUGCACCAGAACAUAUAAAACAACCAGAAUUACUUGCAAUUUAUGCAGGUCCUUCAGAUCCUCAAGGACCAACUUCAAUAAUUGAAGUAAAAUUACAUCGUGUAUCAGAAGAAAAUGGUCCUAUACAUAAUUAUUAUGUGAUUAUAUCACCAGAAUUGAAUACAAUAACAUUGAAUAAAAAUAUAAUCAAUAAUAUUCCAUUGAAAUCAUCCAAAUCCCCAGUUAUUGAUCCAUCUGAUUAUGAUUUGAAAAUUUUAUCACAAAAUAAUGAUUUACCAAGUAAUCAAGCACCAUAUUUAGCUUUAGCACGACAUACAAUAAAUUUAUUUAAACCAAAUCAUGAAACAGCAAUUAUUAUAUUAGGUAGUGAAGAGGUAGAUAAUUUUGUUUUGGAAACACAAUACUACUUGGAUACUAUAACUAGUAGAAAUCAAACUUAUGAUAGAAAUUUAAAGAAAACACCUAAUCUAGGAUCAUAUUUUCAUGAUGAUAUAUCAGAUAUACAUGAAGAUGAUAAUCAGAUCAGUAAAAAUAAUGAAAACAAACCUUAUUAUCAUAAUUUUAAUAGCAAUAUGUUUAUGAAAACUAUACAGGUAAAUAAUAAACGUCUUUAUCAAUCCACUAUAUAUCGUGUUGCUUUGAGAGCAUGUUCACAGUAUCCUAAUGGCCAUCAGUUAUGUUCCACAAGUCAGUGGUCCGAUAGAAUAUCACCUAUAAAUCCAAUUAAAUCUAAUACGUUAUCAAAGUUGAAAUCGUUGAAAGACAAAAUAAAUGAAUGGAAUUUACACGAAUCAUCAUCUUCAUUUGCAAUAAUUUUAACGGGUCUAUCUAGUGGUUUAAUAUUUUUUGCCAUAUUAAGUACUAUACUUGGUUGUAUAUUAAGACGCAGAAAACAACAACUCUGCAGAUCUUUACUUGAAUCAAACAAUAAUAAUUUAGAUGUACAAAUAUACAGAGAUCUUAGUAAAUCAAUGUUUGGUGAAAAUUUAUCAACACCAUCUAAUUCCAGAACUAAAUGUUAUUCAUCAAAAACUAACAAUAAUGGUCUAUUGAAUUCACAACCAUCUAGUUAUUUUUUAAAUUUACAUAAUGAAGGAUCACAUAGUCCAUCGAAUUCAAACAAUGGUAUACCAAUUAUAAACUUUCCACAUCCAGGUAGUGGUGGAUUAACUGUUGAAAUGAGUCAAAUUUCUCCAUUAGCUUUAUCAUCUAAUCAAUUAACAAUAUCUGAUCUAUCACCGGUAAUCACCAGAUCAUUAUAUAUGAAUACAGGAAAUAAAUCAGAAUCACCUACAAGAAGUGUGAAUAGCAGUGAAGCAUUAAUUGGAAAAACUAUCUAUAAUAUUCAUCCUAAACUUGGUACAACAAAUAUAUUAGAGAAUUUUAACCAACUUGUUCGUGAUGGAACACUUGAAAUACAUCGAAUGCCUAUACCAGUUGAACAGUUUCAAGAAGUGAUUUAUCAAUCAAGAAAUAAUAAUUAUAUUAGUUUCCAGCAAGAAUUCCAAACAAUUGAACAAAUCUCAUCAACACGAUAUAUCAGUGCAGUACAUUCUAAUUUAGACAUAAAUAAAUCGAAAAAUCGAUAUCCAAAUAUUUUAGCAUAUGAUUGUACACGAGUUAGCAUUCAAUCAAAUUAUCAACAUCAUUCUAAUGCACAAUAUGGAAUAGUUUCAGGAUCGGAUUAUAUAAAUGCUAAUUACAUUGAUGGUUAUAGAAAACAAAAGGCAUAUAUAGCAACUCAAGCUCCUUUACCAAAUACAUUUGAUAGUUUUUGGACAAUGAUAUGGGAACAAAAUACAAGUGUUAUUGUAAUGCUUAGUAAACUUAUUGAAAUAGAACAAGUGAAAUGUGAUCAAUAUUGGCCAAAUACUGGAACAUUAAUAUUUUCUGAUAAAUUAAUUGUAACACAUUUAGAAACUAAUGAAUUAGCUAAUUAUGUAAUACGUUGUUUUGAACUGAGAAAAGAUAAAGAACAUAGAAAAAUUUGGCAUUUGCAAUACACAAGUUGGCCAGAUCAAGAAGUACCAACUUAUUCUACUGUAUUCUUAAUGUUUCUUCGACGUGUUGGUACAAUUACACCGAACGAUUGUGGUCCAAUUGUUGUACAUUGUUCAUCAGGAACCGGAAGGACAGGCGUUUAUAUAGCAAUUAAUAUAUUACUGGAACGCAUGAAAAAUGAAUCAGUAAUUGAUAUAUUUGGUCUGGUGAAUCAAUUACGUUUGCAACGUAAUUAUAUGAUUGAAACACAAGAACAAUAUCAAUUUAUAUACACUGCAUUACUUGAAUCAAUUACAGAUGGAAAUACAGAAGUAUCUGCACGUAAUCUAUACACACAUGUACAACAUUUAUCUAUAUUACAAACUACUACCACUACUAUUAGUAGUACAAAUGAUUAUAUUAACAAUUUCAACAGUCCAUUAUCAGCAACUAUAACACCAACAACUACAUCAGUGAAUAAUUUAAACGAACUAUCUAGUAAUACAACGACAACAAAUUCGUUAGGUUUGACUGGUUUUCAACUAGAAUUUCGUAAAAUUAAUAAAUUAUCACCUAAUAUAACUUUAGCAUUGAAUUGUAGUCAAUCAAAAACUGGUUUUGUCAGUUAUACACCACCUGGAAGUCCUAUGCAUGGUUAUAAAUUAAGUGUAUCAUGUGAUGUAGCCAAACGAAGUGUUAAUUUUAGUAAAAAUCGACUAGUCAAUAUAGUACCAUUUGAUUGGAAUCGUGUUACUCUAUGUUCAAUACGUGGUGUUGAUGGAUCAGAUUAUAUCAAUGCCAGUUUUAUUGAUGGUUAUUUGAAGAAAAAUGCAUAUAUUGCUUGUCAAGGUCCAAUGAUCUCAACUGUGGAAGAUUUUUGGCGUAUGGUUUGGGAGAAACACAGCUGUCUCAUAGUUAUGUUGUGUUCAGUGAAGGAAAGUGGAAAAGAGAAAUGUUUUACAUAUUGGCCAGAAGACAAACCAUCACGUUAUCAAUUUUUUGUAGUUGAUUUAACAGUUCAAUAUACAAUGUCUAGUCAUAUAUUACGUGAAUUCAAAGUGACUGAUGCACGUGAUGGUGAAUCACGUACAAUAAGACAAUUACAAUAUAUACGUUGGAAUGAACAAGGAUUACCACAAACUGGUGAAAGUCUAAUUGAUUUAAUUGGGCAUGUGCAUAAAAUUAAAGAACAAUAUCAUUAUGAUGGACCAAUUACUGUUCAUUGCAGUUCUGGAGCUGGUCGAACAGGUUUAUUUAUCACAAUGUGUAAUGUAUUAGAAAGAUUACGUCAAGAAUCAGUUGUUGAUAUGUAUCAAACAGUAAAAUUAUUAAGACAACAACGUGUUUGGAUGGUUCAAACUGAAGAACAAUAUCGUUUUUGUUAUAUAACAACAUUAGAUUAUUUAAAUUCAUUUGAUUUAUGCACACAACCACAAUUAUUAAUUCAAACAACAACAAAUAAUUUACCAUUGAAUAAUUCACCAAAUCUUAAAUUAAAACUGAAAUCUUCACAAUUCAAUGAUAAGACUGUUGUAUUUGAAUUAGAUAAAAAUUAUGAAUUGAAUGAUAAUAAUUUAGUUGAAUAAAACAAGAAACGAAUACUAUAAAACGUUCAAUGUUCAAUGGACCUAUAUUUCUUGAAUAUAAGUGUUACAUCUCUAUACAUGUACAUUUACAGUUUAUAAGUAUCAUUCAUAUUUUAUCACUAGUAGGCAACUUGUUUGAAUAUCUGAGCUAUAUGUUCCUACCAUUUGAAUAUUUCAACAAAUUAUCUGUCUUUUGUUUGUUUCAUUAUGUCAAUCAAUUGAAUAACCUAUUUAUGUGCAUUUGGUGAAAAGGAAAGAGCACAAUCAGACACAUUAUUCAGAUGUCAAUUCCUCAACUGAUAACAUUUAAUUAGCGAUCAAUCAAUAUUUAUCGUCGGGAUCGAUCACGAAAUAAGAAAAGGAAACUUAUUGAAAUACUUUGUGUUGACAACUUAUUAUUGUACCAAAAAAAUAUAAUACUGAAUAAGGCCAUUAAUAAUCAUAGUAAUGUUGUGUUACAAUUAUGUAAUGACAACAAAACAUUGUAAAAAUUUGUUCAUAUCGAUCAAUUUGAAGAAGAAACAAACUUCUAAUGAUCAAUGAUUGAUAAAUCAUUGACUAAGUAUACUAAUAUAAACACAGUUCCAAAAACAAAAAUUGAGUCCAUUUAUUUUGUUCAAUUGAAUAUAAUGGGUUUUUAGAGAUUGACUAGUAUUACAUUCUAUUGACAUUUGAUUGCCAAAGGAAUUCUUAUUGAAAAUUAGUAAAUAUUUAUAUGAACUUGAUACAUUGUAAUGACAUAAUAUUCAUUGUGUUCUUGUGUAUAUAUAUGUAUGUGCAUUCAUUAGUAAGUUGGUUGAAACUAAGCUCAUAUGAUGGAUUGAUCUUCUUCGAGUUUAAUCU